CACACACACACACACACACGGGCGCGCGGUGCGGAGGUGGAGGGAGCGCAGUGAGGAGCAGUUGUGACGGAGCUGCUGGAUGUUUCUGACAAACACCGGUGACACGCAGCGCAGGAGGCCGGUGAGCUGAUAAAUUUGUGUCCCUGAAAAGGAAAUCAGCAGAAAUCGAACAUGUGCUGAAGAGAGCUGAAGACAAACACAAACAAGCAUGAUCCCUCUUUCUCCCUGAGGAACUGACCAAUCAGUAGUCAGGAUGAUGCCCAAGCAGCUGGCUCAGACAUCUCCAGGGAGUGUGUUAUCUCUCAGAGGGACCAGCGUCCCAGGAUCCCCUGCUGCUGCCAUCGUGGCCAGAGUGGAGGACGGGGUUAUCGGCUACAAGGACUUGGCAGCGUUACCAAGAGACAAAGCCAUCCUGGAUAUAGAGAGACCUGAUCUGAUGAUCUACCAGCCACACUACAGCUACAGCCCACUGGAGAGGUCCUUGUCUCCUCGCUCCAUCUCUCCUCCUCCUUCCCCAGAGAAUCUGUCCAAGGAGUCCAGGGAGUGGCUGGAGAGCCGAUCACCUGGAGGGUCCUCGCCUGGUUCCACCAUCCAGAGCAGCAGAACACACAGCACACACACACCAUCAACACCAAAUACACCAAAUACCCCAAACACACCCACCACACACUCAUCUGGUACCAUGAAGAGCACCAUGCAGCACUUCCACAGGCCAGAAAAUGGUACCAACAUCUACAAGAAGCCUCCCAUCUACAAACAAGAUGUAUCAUCCUCUGCCGUCCCUCAGGGGAAGCACAUCGAGGAUUUGAUCAUUGAGUCUUCAAAGUUUCCAGCAGCUCAGCCUCCAGACCCGAACCAGCCCUCCAAGAUUGAGACUGACUACUGGCCCUGCCCCCCCUCACUAGCUGUGAUUGAGAAGGAAUGGAAGAGGAAGGAGCAGAAAGAUGAAGAUGAGGAGGAGGAUGGAGAGCUGGUUGAUGAGCUGUGGGGACUCAGAAAGCUUCAAAAGCAAGAACUUAACAAGAUUCAGUCCAAUUUGGGUAAAAUUAUCCUGAAGGAGGAGUUGGAGAAGUCUGCAGCUCCUCUGAGGAGGAAAACUCGCUCUUUACCGGACCGCAGCCACAACACUGGGUCCAACGUCUCCAAGUCCGUGUAUUUCCCAGCAUCCUCUAAGAGCGGCCUGUCCAGGCUGCAGUCGGCUGAGUUCAGCUCGUCUGAGAAAACUCCUGCAGGGCUUCAGAACGGAGACUCGAGGAUGGACAGAGGAAACUCUCUGCCCAGCAUGCUGGAGCAUAAGAUUUAUCCCUAUGAGAUGCUGGUGGUGACUCACAGAGGACGCAGCAAACUCCCCCCCGGUGUGGAUCGGACACGACUGGAGAGGCACCUCUCUCAGGAAGAAUUCUUUAGCGUUUUCAGGAUGUCCAUUGAGGAGUUCGACCGCCUCUCUCUCUGGAAGAGGAACGAACUGAAAAAAAAGGUCUGUCUCUUCUGAAGCUGCAUGUCCCACAGUCCCCCGCUCUUCCAGGAUCCAGCCGGCGGGACACCAAACGGACUCGGAAACGUAUCAUCAGCCGACACCGUCACCACCGUCAUCAACACUUCAGUUUGUAGACACCUCAGGUGGCUUUGGGUUUGCAAAGAAACACGGAGUGGUUUUAGAGUUCUGCUGCACACAUUAAUGUCACUGGUUUAAUUUAGAGAUCUGCAGAGCAAGCACAAAUAAUAAAUCUGCAGGGGAGGAUUUCAGAACGAUGAAGAAACAUGAAAUCAGCGGCUGCACCUGAAGCUUAGUGGUUCUGCUGUCUGUGGAGGCUUCCUGGGGUUCCCUGCAGUCUCUCUGGAUUCCACAGGGCUCCAGGUUUCCACACAGCAGACAGAAAACCAUUUCCAUCCUGAAGCCCUCUGAGCCUCUUUAUCCCAGCCGUAGUCGGACUUUAGGCCAACAUUCCUGCUGACUCUGCGUCAGCUUCCAGACUGAGCAAACAAACCUGUUAGCAAUCUUUUAAAGCAGGAUUAUUACUAUUGGCUUAGCCAGCUAUGAUGUCAUUGUGACAGCAUUUCUUUCCCAGCACCAAAGAGAAAAACAAGGAGAUGGUUUGGUCACAGUCAUUCGAGUUUAUGACACACACCGGCUGCAGGCAUGAAAGACUAAACGUCCUCCUCACACCUGUCAGCAUAAACAGCUAAAGCUAACUAACCCAGCAUGGAUCAGUAACUUGAUGACGUCAACGUCGCAUUUAGUCAAAGAAAACUUAAAGUUUAAGCAUUUUUAUUUGAGCUAAAAAAGUGGACAAAUCAAAACUGCAAUAAUUUCACUGCACGUGAUAAAAUGAGGCUAAAAACUAUUAAAUACAGCAAUACUGAAGGAUUUGUUUAUUAAUCUCUCUCUUAGAGCUUCACAUUUUAGAGUGUAAGCUAGAUAAAAGUAUUAAAUAAUUUCUGCCUUUUGGAGCUUGUCUGAAGUGGUCAUUACAGGAACUGCAGUCUACUACAAUCAGAGAGGCCACGCCCAUAAUAAUAGAAACUUUCAGCCUUAAUUAAGGUUAAACGGAUGAGUUUUUAAAAUAAGGCAUAGAGGCGCAGCCAAAAUGAUCGCGACCGUGUGCAAUGAAUUUGUGAUCACACUGUCUUUGAAAUGGUUGCUUCAAAGAUGAGGACCAGUUCUGCAACCACUGGCAGUCAGUUGCCAUUUACAAGGCAACUUAGGUGCAUUAAGGUGGCCAUAGAUGGAAUCAGUCUGCUAUUAGUUUGCGACCGAAUGGGGUCAACUUUGCAGUUAUGUGCAGUCUGUUUGUGGUAGUAUGGCAAUUUGUUGCAGAUCUCCUCUACAUACACAGAAAUUCACACUAACUCCUGCAUUCAGAGUCCAGCCAGAACAUCACAGAAAUAGCAAUAUCUCCACAGACAGCAAUCCAGCUGCACUCAGCAACCUUGCUUUAUAUAAGAAUAUAACCAAAAUGUAACCAGUUGGGUGGAGUCCCCUAGUGCAAAGACAUGCGUCACGAGUUGUGCUGAUCAGCGCAGAUUGACUAAGAUUGAUUGCAAUUGCUUGUUGGCAAUCUGUCUGCAUUUGUAACUAACCUGGCAGUUAGUUGCAAGUCUUUUUCAAUCUGAGUGAUUGCAGUCAGUUUGAAUCAGACUGCGACUGUCUGGAGACAGGUUGUCUCCCACCAGGCAGCCUGUGGGAUCAUCUUGCAAUUAUGGUUAUGCAAAGGUGAGGUCAUUGCACGUUCAACCUCUGGUGACCAGCUGUUCACCACAACUAUUUGCAAUUGGUUGCCAGAUGUGAAAUAAUUCAAUCCAAUGACCAAGCAACCACCAAUUUUUCCCAGUCACGAGGAGGUCGCCGUCCUGUUUUUACUCUGGUGUGAGUGAGCCAGAGGAGCUGCAGGCUAUGGCUCUUCAGGCCGACUUUAUGCUUCAACGCUGAAGGUUGAUGGUUGAAAAUCCUGUACUGGGGUGGCAUCAUACCAAAAAGCUUCUUAGGAACAUGCAGCAUGUACAUCACGGAGGAAACUUUGGAAAUGUUUAUGGUGUAUGUGCCCCUGAGUAGCUUUGACUUAAAUCAGUGUAAUCUGGAUGAGGGCACACUUAUGAAAUUUAUAGUCUAUAGGCCUUUAAGCAGACACAGCAGGUGUGGUAAUGCUACAGCUGGAAACGUCCUUAUUUAAUCUGUGAUUUACAGUUUUGAUUUUGGCAGAGAGGAACCUGAGACUCUGUGUUUUUUAAUUCUUAUCCAUGAAUCCCAGCCACAUUCACUUCAGCCUCACAGCUGGGGGUCUUUUACUGACUCGUCUGGGUACAGAUCGGCCCAUCCUGAGCCCGAUUUUUAGCUCACAUGGCAGUCCUUUUCCUCCUGUCUUUUCAUUGGCUCCAGUAGCAGCAAACCUCAUUCAUCGUUCGUUGAUAUUCAGCCUCUGCUGUCUGCGAUGAAACCGUCUCCUUGUUUUUUUCUUUCUAGUUCAGCAAAAGCCACUGCCGCACACACACACAGACACACACACACAGACACACAGUCUCACAAAAACACUUCUAAGAGAUGUUUGCGGUGCAGAAGAGCGAUGACAAACCGGAGCACAGGCUGAACUCUGACAGCUCUGGUUCCUCCAAUCAGCGUCUGCUAGUGUUGCUUAGUGACCAAAUGAUGUGCAGCUAUUUUUUAACGUACAUAGAGAAGUGGCAUGUUUGUUAUUAAUUAAGUCUAAGUGAAAAAUAAUAGAUCCUGAAUGUUGAGGAGAAAACAAUGGAUAAUUUCUUCCUGGACUCUUCUGAGGAAUUCUGGGAAAUCACCGGACAUUCUCACCUGAGUUUAGCCCGAGCUGAAGUGAACUGAUCUUCAUCAUUAGCACUUCAGUAGGUGUGUGACGUCUUCACUCAUUGUUAAAUAUAUGUAUUAAUAUACCCACCAGCAUAGAGGUUAAAUUUAAAUCUGCACUGCAAAACUACACCUGAAUAUCCAACAUGUUUCACACCUUUAACUCAUUAAACCAACGCGGGCCGGGACUCAGGACUGAGCCGGAUUUAAAGGUAUUCAGAGAAUUUUUCUGUGUGUCAGUAAAUUAAAGCCAUUAAGCCUCGAAACAGCAAGCUUCUUAUAAAUCGGUGAGACCAUUUCAUCCCUCUAUGAGGUGCAAUCAAAAAGUUUUCCAACAAACAAAAAUCAAACCUGGAUUAAUAAUCAUCUCAUUCUUGACUGCUUUGGAUCAAUUUCAGUGUAGCAGCUAUUCUUAGUAACUCCAGUAACUAAACUAACCCAACUUUCAUGUCAAAGCAAUGAGAACUUGACUACAACACUGAGACCAAACAACAGCGCGUCACCGAGGAGGGCCAGCAGUCAGCAUGUUUGCGUGGAGCGCCACUUUGAGCAGAGGUGGAAGCGGUUUAGAGAGGGCCAAUGAGACGGCCUUGAGCCCCUCUGUCGGUGUCCGGGUCACAGAGGCAGCAGUCUAAAGAGAGCUCCCCAGCCACCUUCUCCAGCUCUCCUGGGAAGAUACAGAGAUAUUUCCAAACCUGCUCUCCGGUGUGUCCAGGUCUCCUCCUGAUAGCUGCCGCUUGCACCCACAGUCUUAUUCCUCUGGUCUGUACCCACAGCAUGUGGUCAGAGGUGGGGUUAGUAAUGAAGAUCAACCAGCUUCGUCUUCACCACGACAGAUGGUGACGCUGCACCUCUCUGUUGAUCUCCUGUUCCCUCCUCCAUGAGUAAUACCUAAACUCCCCCCCAACCCGCAGUGGGCUCUCCACCUGUAUCCUGCUGAGAGCUGUGGCCUCACACUUUGAUGAUGUUUGAUUUUUGUCGGCAGUCACAAAACUUCUGAUUGCACCUCGUCCGUUUCACCGCAUCAGUCUUCAUCCACGCUUCUGAAAGAUUUGCAAAACGAUCAUCUGAAUGUCGGUGACAUUCAGAUGAUCAGCAUCAAAUCAGAAGCUGUUGUUUUCUAAGUAAUAGAAAUGUCAUCUAUUGUUAUCAUAACUGAGUGUUAGCAUCCAUUGGAGUCUGACUGUGUAAACUGCAUUUAUUUUUAUUAAUCUUUAAAUUGUUUGAGCUGAGCACAGUGAGGGGGUCUCACUGGGCUCCGAGUGGUUUAACUUCUUAUUUUCUCCAAAGUUGAAGCUGAUCCAUCAGGAAACAGCUGAACUGACCUGAUGCUGCACUUUGACUCUGAAUGCUUUAAGAGCGUUUUUCCUGUAAUAAACUGACACACAUGCAGGAGCUGUUUGUAUUUUAGCUCAGCGAACUCCCGCUGAUGGUUUAGACCCGACGUUUGUUCCUUUAAAUCCGAGUUCAGCAUCUCAGACCUGCGUGAGUUUAAACUCAGAUCACUCUCACUGCAUCAAUUUAAAAGAAGCAAAACCCCACAGAAAUCACCACCGCCACUUUCUGCAUCACUCACUGUCACAUCUGCCUCGCCGCUUCCUGUAUCUGUGGAACAACAAAAUAAAAGACUGAAGAAAAAACAAAACCAGUGGAUGGAGAUGUGAGAUGUGCUGGAGCGAGUGAGCAAGCAUUGGUCACUUUACGUUGAGAUGAUUUCCUGUUUUCUUUCUUUAUUUCUUCUUUUUUUGGAAUGAUUCUGACGCCGUUUACUGAUACUGAGAGGAUGUUCGCUUUGCUCUGGUUAGUUUGUGUAGUUAGAAACAGGAAGUGAUUGCCGUGACGACACAAAGAUUGUUCCAUGCUUUUCUUUUUGUACAUUUGAAGUGUUUGAUUCUGUUUUUAUUGAAUUCUUUAGUCAUGCAGGGCGGCUUCGACGCUCGUCAGCGUCUCUGAGCGUUUAACUGCUGCAUGUGUGAUGUCAGGAUGAUGAUGAUGUCAUAUUUUUAUUCUACCUUUAUUUAAAUCCACUCUGGCGGUUACAGAUUUGUGGCUCAGAGUUUCUCUUCUUUGGACUUUGAAGUCGGGCUCGUAUUUCGCGGUUCCUCCACCUUACGGACGAGUGUGCAUUUGUGCUUUCUCUUUGAAAAACUGCCGUGUUACAAAACUUCAUUUUAUUUCUGUCAUUCUUAAAUCUCAAAGAAUUAACAUGAUACAAAAAAAUUAUUUAACAUAAUUUUGUCUUUUUUUUUUCUUGGAAAAUUCUUUUUAUUCUAAGUAAAUUUUGAAAGAAAAAUGAAGACAUUUUACAGUUUGAGAAAUACGAGCCCAGAGGUCAGAGGUCAGACUCGCUGACGAGGACUCGCCGUCCUGCUGCUGUACAUACUGAACCACUGAAUGACUACUUACUAGUUGCUGUUGUUUUCUUCUGUGGAUGCAGCUGCUGUAACAGAUGAAUGGUGAUGUGAAUGAUUAACCAGGAGUUACAAUAAAGAACAUUUCUAUUUGGA